AUGGGCAAUCGUCUGAAGGCUGGUGGACCAAAGAUUGGAAAUUGCCAUCCAGAUCCUGUGCAGCAAGAGAAGUUAGUUUGGUCUUUAGACAGCAAGGGCCUGUUCUCGGUGAAGUCCCUUUAUCGAUCUCUCAAUACGAAGAAAGAAAAUUCGGAGGAAGUGUUUACUGCAGGAGUCUGGAAAUAUAAGGUCCUUCUUAAGAUUGUUGUUUUUGGGUGGCUGGUUGAGAAGAGAAAAGUCCCCACUGUCGACAAUCUGAGGAAAAGGGGUAUGAUAUUAACCAACAUUUGCGUUUGCUGCAUGUCUAAUGAAGAGUCGACAGACCAUCUUUUCGGUCACUGCCCUUUCUUCAACCAGGUUUGGUCGGCCAUCUUGUCUUCUUUUGCUAUCUCCUGGCCCUUUCCUAGCUCCACGAAUCAUGUCCUCGCAGCCUGGCAUGGAGUUUCUCUUAGUAAGAGCAGAUCCUCGAUUUGGAGAAUGACCCUGCUAGCUGCUUGGUGGGCCAUCUGGGAAGAAAGAAACAACUGCUGCUUCAGAGAUGCUUCCCAUCCAGUGACCUAUGUGAUCACGAGAUUUCAACAUCUAGUCAUUGAAUGGGCCUGCAACACCAUUAACAUUAGUGGGAAUCCUCUUCUCUUUGAUCAUCAGCUUAGUGGGAUGUAG